AAUCACCGCGCGUCCCCGCCCGCCGGCCUCUGAUUGGCGGAGCCGGGCGGGAGGGCGGGCUCUGUGAGCGGGGACCAUGGAGCGGGAAGGCAAGUGGCCGCCGAGUGACCUCUCCUACAAGGAAAAUCUUAUUGGAACUUUACUCGCCAUCUUUGGAAACCUUGUCAUCAGCAUCUCGCUGAACAUGCAGAAGUACAGCCAUGUGAAGCUGGCAGGCACCAAAGAUCCCCGAUCGUAUUUUCGGACAAAAACAUGGUGGUUGGGACUGACGCUCAUGUUAAUAGGCGAGUUAGGAGUUUUCACUGCCUAUGCCUACGCUCCACUGUCGCUGAUCACACCCCUCAGCGCCGUCUCCAUUGUCGCCAGCUCAAUUAUAGGGAUCAUAUUCCUACGGGACAAGUGGAAACCGAAGGAAUUUCUACGAAACUACGCAUUAUCGUUCCUUGGAUGUGGGUUCACAGUGGUUGGAAUCUAUCUCCUGGUCACAUUUGGACCAAAUGCUCACGAGAAGCUUUCGGGAAGGAAUCUUAUUUCACACUUAAUGGGCUGGCCCUUUCUACUGUAUCUGCUGGUGAUGAUUAUCCUCUUCUGCCUUCUCCUGUAUUUCUACAAAAUACGAAAGAUGACCUAUCUUGGUGUAAUUAUGCUGCUGGAAGCCUUGUUGGGCUCCGUGACAAUUGUGGCAGCCAAGGGUGUGUCGGGAAUGAUCGUUCUGUCCAUCCAGGGAAAUCUACAGCUGGCCUAUCCUAUAUCGCCUAUUUCCUUCGCUCCAUAG